AACCAUAUAGGCGAGCAGAAAUAUCGAUUGAAAUGGGAGCAGCAUGCAAGAUAUCAGAAAGAAUUACAGCUGAAAGCAGCUUUACAGAAGCAGUGCAGUUCACUCACAGAUAACAGAAAGCUGAAUGCUAUGUUAAGAAAUGCCAAUUAUGAGCUUUCUGUGCUCAAAUCGCAGUUGAACCCCACAAAUUCGGAGCAAACAACACAGCUGAAAACUGUUUUUCAUAAUGAAGACACUUUGAUUGCAGUUAACAAAAAGCUGCUUGCAGAGAAUGCUGAGCUAACUGCGACCCUGGAAGCUAAGGAGCUCCAGUUAUCCAGUGAGAAAAUUAAGGCAGAGCAACAAAUUGCACAGCUGAAAGAAGAUCUAAGUCGAGCCGAUCGCGAAUUGAAACGGUGCCAGACUCAUGUGUUUGCCAUAACUACGAUCAACGAAAUGCUAAUAAUUGGGAAUGAAAAACGCGACGAUAUAAUUUUUGAAUAUAAGCGAAAGUUGCAGAAAUUCAAUAACUUAAGCAUGUCAUCUGAUUCUGAGUCACUAUCGGAAGACAGUUCUAUUGUACAGGCUGAGCAAGAGACGCACAAAUCCCUAGGAGAGAAAGCUGAGAACUGUGUGGAGCCCUGUCAGGGCUUGCCCCGUAACGCCAAUACAUCGCCUAUUCAUUUGGAAACCUAUGCUGAGUUUCGUCGACAUUUAUCUGAGGUAGAGGAAGAAACGACCGAUCAGUAUCUGUGUACGCUUUGUGGCUGGCGUUCGAGCAGCGAGGGAGAUCUUAAGCUUCACUUGUUUGAGAAACAUGAAAUGGAAUCGCUGUCAGUGAUGUUGGAUAAAUGCUGUCUGGAUUAGUAUUUUGAGAAGACUAGUGAUAGUGAGAAUCUAAUAUAAAUAAGAUUUUUUAUGCCUAAGAAGUUUCCAGCUGUAGACGUGGAUUCA